UCGUUUCAGAGAAAGCUACUUCAUCAGUUUAAGCAAUAUGUUCUACUUAUUGUUCCUGGCUUGCUCGACCAUCACAACCGGCCACACCUUAAAUACCGUUUAUUCGUGGAAACAGGUCGAAUUCAAAUUUCCAAAUGAUACCGUUCGAAAUGAGUACAAAGCCUCUGGCAAUUACAUUCCCGAAAAUAACGUACCAUUAGGUUUGGCUAUUUGGCAUAACAAAAUGUUCGUUACAGUACCACGAUGGAAAAAAGGUGUUUUAGCUACCUUAAAUAGCUUUUCAAUGAGCGACGACGAGCAUAGUCCAGUCUUAACACCGUAUCCUGAUCUUGAAGCAAAUAACAUUAGUUCACCCGAUAGCCUCGUAAACAUAUUCCGUGUCAGAAUCGAUGCUUGUGAUCGAAUGUGGGGUCUUGACACAGGAGUAAACGACAUUUUAGGGGACCUCGAAGUCGUGCGACCGAUGAGACUUAUUGUUAUUGAUUUGAAAAUGAAUAAGAUUUUACGGCAAUAUACCUUGAAGGAUACAGAUAUAAAGCCGGAGAGUUUCAUUGCUGAUCUUGUGGUCGAUGUUCCACCUGGACAAUGCGAUAAGGCAUACGCAUAUAUGAGCGAUUUGACCGAGUAUGGUUUAGUGGUAUAUAGCUGGGAAAAGAACGAUUCUUGGCGGAUUAAUCACCAUUUCUUCCAUUUUGAUCCAUUAAAUGGUGAUUACAGUAUCAGCGGUUAUAACUUCCAAUGGACUGAUGGCGUUUUUGGAAUGUCGUUGUCACCGAUUUACGCCAAUGGAAGUAGAAUACUUUACUUCCAUUCCAUGUCCGGUAUUACAGAAUUUUCUGUGCCUGCAGAUAUUCUGCAGGACAAUGAAUCGAAAAAAUCAGAGAUCUAUAAUAAUUUCCAUAUUGUCGGCACAAAGGGACCAUUGACUCAAGGACCAUCUUCUAUUAUUGAUCCGGAAACAUGUAUUAAUUAUUUUACUCAAGUAAACAGAAAUGGUAUCGCGUGUUGGGAUAUGACGGUAGAAUUGAAUCCAGAAACAUUCAAAUUGGUGGCCCAGGACAAUACAACAUUGGUUUUUCCUCAGGAUAUAGCUAUUGAUAAUGAAUCUCGUAAAUUAUAUGUCCUCUCUAAUAAUUUACAGAAAUUUAUGCAGGGUAGCUUUGAUCCGUUGACGACAAACUUUUUCAUUACUUCAAUUGAUCUCGAGACAUUAACAUUUUUAUGCAGAUGUAACGCAGCAUAUUAAUAAAAAUCGAAA